CUCUGAUGCCUGUGCUCAAAAGUACGAAAUCGCAACAUUGGAUGAAGGAGAUAAACAAAAAAGAAUUCCAAGACGGCAACAAAGAUGGAUAUCAGAGAUAAGGAUAAAAAUGAGCAUCCCCUUUCACUAAAAGUUAUGAGGCUAACUCGACCAAGUUUGUUCAGUUCCAUGGUAGUUACAUGUGAACCAGGCGAUAUCCCUGGAAAUUUAUUUGCCAGUGACCUAAAAAAAGAUCUGACUUCAGUUAAUGGGACUGAAACCCUAGCAGUGGGUCAAUUUCUCCUUCUUCCGCAGAGCUUUGGGAAUCUUUACCUCGGAGAAACUUUUUCCAGUUAUGUCUGUGUACAGAACAAUAGCUCAGUGACCGUCAAAGAUGUGUCGGUGAAGUCGGAUCUCCAGACAAGUUCACAAAAGAUUUCGUUAUCGGCAAUCAGGGCACCGCAAGAACUUCAACCAAGGCAUACAGUGGAUGAAGUUAUUCAUCAUGAGGUUACUGAACUUGGAACCCACAUACUUGUAUGUGAAGUUAGCUACAUGAGCACAUCUGGUCUGCUGAAAUCAUUCCGUAAAUUCUUCAAAAUUCAAGUGCUCAACCCACUGAAUGUGAAAACAAAUUUCUACAAUGCAGAGUCUGAUGACGUUUACUUGGAGGCCCAAGUCCAAAAUAUGACAGCAGGACCAAUUUGUCUUGAGAAAGUUCAACUUGAGUCGUCGCAAGCAUUCGUUGUACGUUCACUCAAUCAAGUUAAUGGUCGCUCAGUUUUUGGAUCCGUGAAUGUAGUGCAGCCUCAAGCAUGUCGUCAGUUUCUGUACUGCCUGAGUCCAAAGCCUUCAUUGUCAAGUUCCACUAACAUUGGCAAAUUAGAUAUUGUUUGGAGAUCCAACUUAGGAGAGAGAGGUCGCUUGCAGACUAGUCAACUGCAGCGAAUGAUUCCUGAAUACAGAGAUGUCAGAAUAACUGUGAUCGAAUUGCCCAAUUUAGUUUACGUGGAGGAACCAUUCACGUUUACAUGCAAACUUCUAAAUACUAGUGGACGGAAAAUGGAGCUAAUUUUAAACCUCAACACAUCAAGUCCGUGCAAUUUGGUUUGGGCUGAUAUUUCAGGAAAAUCAUUAGGCACACUUGAAGCUGCCGCCUCUAAAGAAAUAAGUCUUACAGCUGUUCCCCUUGCAACUGGCCUACAUAAUAUUUCUGGAAUUCAACUCGCAGACAGUUUAAAUAAAAAGACAUACGACUAUGAUGAGCUGGCUCAGGUUUUUGUGGUCCAAAAGCCAGUCGAGGAGUGACGUUGUCUUGUAAGCGUUUUGUUAUGUGUGUUUCAUCACACAAAAAUCUAUGAUAAAUAUAUAGAUUAAAAAAUUCUUUCAUGUUUAUUUUUAAUUUUUAAAAAAAAUAUCAAUAAAAAAUAUACUAAAAUUACUUUGCCGCAACUAAAUGGGAGAAAGAAAAUUUUUAUGUAGUUAUAAUUUCAAAUAAAAAAAAUGGCAAAGUAUUAAAUUUCAA